CCUCUCUACUCAGCAGGGAGGAUUAGUACACACACACACACACACACACACACACACACACACACACACACACAACGACUUUAAACACCGUUUCUAACGUCGUCGGUGUAUGUCGUUGGUGAGUCCUGCUGCUGGAUAACGGACGAGCGCGUUGUCAAACACCGUGAGAAGAACUACCACUUGUGUGAAGCGCAGCUGUGUGUGUUGUUCCGACUCAUAUCGUGAAGUGAUGAUGCUGGGGUCCUUUCUUUUUUAACAAACAUUGAGAAACUCGAGCGUUAAACACUCACUUCCUUCCGCUGUUUACUUUCUCGUUCGCUUUGACAUUGAGGACGAGGUAGACCCUGGGGUCUCACAUGUUGACCUGGAUACAGCUGGACCCAGACUUGUUGGUGUCUGUGGUAGUCAUACACAUGGCAGUAAUACCCAUGGCGUAACUUCAUCCUCCAGUUCUGUAUGAUUCAAGGCCCAUACAUGCCAUUAGCGGCGUCUAAUGGAAGAAAAGCCAUUUGUUGGAAUAGCCAUGGUAUCCAGACUGCCCAAGUUUGGUGGCCGCUCCUCCGCAGGUGGUGCAAGCUCCCUCCCCAAUGGCUCCCCACAAUCCACCCUCCCCAGCCAGGACACCAAAACCACAACUACAGCGACACACAUGAAUGGACUGGUCCGCAAACCUUCUUUUUCUCUGAAGUGGAGAAGAGAGGCUUGCAGCAGUCCCAGCCCGGCUCUGCCCCCCACCUCCCCCACUAGUCCUGAGGACGUGAAACCACAGGAAGUCAAGCCUCAGACUCCGCUCCUAUUGCGCAAAGAGGGGAAAAAUGCUACCCCUGGAACACCCACAAUCCGGAGAUCUGGCUCUUCAUUGCUGUCUGUCUCGAGCCCAAAGGCCAUCCCAAAGCAGACCUCUAAGACGCCAAGUACUAAGCUGGCGCAGAGCCCCCUCGGAGCUCCCAAAGCCAACCACAAUGGAUGCAACUCCCCCCUUCGCCCACGGCCCAUGUCUGGUCUUGCGCUUCCAAAGGGGACCUCCAGCCUCCAUUUCAGCGGCUCCCAGGACAGCCUCUCCCUGUCCAGUGACAGUAUUAAGAACAUGUCCAUGGACAACAUGGUCCGCUCGCACAGCUUCACCCACUUCAAACAGAUCCCCUCACCCACCAACCAGCCCAUGACCCGAUCCUUCUCCUUCAACCGCGCUGUGGAGCUGGCCAAGCCCCUGGCCAACACUACUCUCCGACCCCCCCAGGCCAGCUUCCUUAAACCCCCACAGCUGUGCAAUACUAGGGUGGGCCUCGGAGGGAGCAUUGGAGGUCUAGGAGGUGGAGGACUUCAGUACAGCAGAGCGUCUGCGACGGCCACCUCCGUCUCCUCCCUCUCCAAUAACACCGCCUCUACGCCCACUACACCCACUGCCCUGAAGAAGCCUCUCCUUCCCAGCUGCAUGACAGCCAAGCCACUGGGGGGUAGCAAUGGGGGUUAUGUUGGCUGCAAGCUGGCCCGGCCUCGGCAGACCAAGCUGCAGAAGUCCCUUUUCAUGGGUUGUGUGAAGGGCGACGCCAGGCCGGUGACUGCUCCUGGAUGCCCUGGUGGGAAAUCAGGCAAAGAGGGAGAAGAUCAGGACACAGGCGAGAUCAUUAAAGCAGACUUGCACAUUGAUGGUGAUUACUCUGUUGGCAAAGGGGGAGGAGGAGGAAGUCAACUAAGUAAUGGUACUGUAGCAGGGGAGGCCCUGGAGGACAUGUCACUGUCUUCUGCCUCCUCUGUGGAACGAGGGGACACCAGUGAAGAGUUUCUGGAGGAUGUUGACAGUGGGGCGGAUACGUUCAGUGAUGGGGAUACGGCUGAUACCAAGACUGACAGUAGCACCCAGCUGCGCCUUCGGAGCUUCCUCAAUGAGACCAUGGAGUGGAGCAACCUCGACGCAGCAGGUGGUAAAGAGGACGUAGCCCUGCAGGACUCAAAGUGCAGCCCGUUGGUGUCCCCAGAGCGAGGUGACCUCCUUCAGGGAUCCUCGCUGGAGCUGUCGCCCUCCAACAGCUCUGGAGGUACCUACAUGUGGGACGAGGAGGGUCUGGAGCCCCUUGGCGGCGCAGGGAUCCACCCCUGUGACAGCUACGACGACUCUGAACUCAACAGCUUGGCUAUUUUGAACCACCUGGAGCCCCUGUCCAUCGAAGACCUGGACGAUGAUGACCUGAUGCUGGAGCUAGACCUACCAGAAGAUGUUCUGCUGCACCAAGACUCUGACAGGAUGUCCACCGGUGGGGGUUCAGAGAGGGCUGGGCGCCAGGGCCGCUGGCGGCGGAAGCAGCAUCGCUGGAACGGACCUGACCACUUCCACAAUGACAACAGAGGGCCGGUGUUCCAGCACUACGAUGGCCCCAGGGCACAAGGCUCCAUUAGGGGGCCACCCCAGCCCCAGCAGCCUGCUAGCCGGGAAGACGACCGCACGCUGGGGGCCAACCUCCCCGACGAGCUCACUCUCAAACACAUGGCCCAGGACUACAGCUCGCUCAAAAACCAGCUGUUCAAACUCCAGACCAUACUGCAGUGUGAGGAUGCGGACACUCUUCAAGCUGCAGUCGAGGAGGGCGAGGUAAACACUACAGCCUCACAGUUGGAGGAUCUGAUGCAGGAGGUGCAAGUUCUUCGAGAGGAGCUCAGCGGUCGUGACAAAACCAUAGCCCAGCUCACCCUGCGCUGUCAUCAGCUACAGCAACAGCAACAUCUACAGCAGCAACAGCAUCAUGUGCAGCAGCAACACAUUCAGCAAUUAGCGCCUGCGCAGGGGUUGCCGGGCAGGUGCCAUUGCCAGCACCAGAGGACUCCGUCCAAUCUGAGACAGAUGGAAAGACGACUCAAAGACAAGGCUACACAAACAUACCUGAGAACACACAGCCCGGCUGGUGCGCUGGCCACCCCCUUGCUGUCUCUGUGGCAGGCGCAGCACCAGGGCUCAGCCCGCACCAGCAUGCCCCAGCGUAGACAGAGUGAGUCACUAACACCUCCUCUCGACCUGGAACCCCUCCCUGUCCUCCUUUCUAACCCCGUCCGCUUAGCCCUCCCCUGGUUCUGGAGCUCAUCAGGUACUGAUGAAGGGGCGAUCAGUCUGCUGUUUACACUGUUGUUUCACAACAGGCCGACAGAGAUAAAAGAGGUUUUAUUAAUUAAUCUAUUCGGAGGAUUAGAUUACUUUGAUGGAUUGUUUUCAUUGUUAGCAAGCAAGCAAUAAGUGUUUUCUGAUGUCUCUGUUCUGUGUCUCUGGUGAUGUCUAUGCUGAAGUUGUUUUGGUUGGUUAAUGGGCAAUGCUACUGUGACGUACCAGGACACGGGUCGUAGACCCUUAUCGUCACUAGUUUGGCUGCUUCUUAACUAGUAGCAGACCAAUACUUAGUGUAAUGAGGGACACCUGUGCAUAUCUCCGAUGACGCCUCUUUGAAUGGUCUGUUGAGAACUGUAUUGUAAUUUCAACAAAAGUGGGCUCCACUUUAUUUUAUAUCAUUGGGUACAACAGAUCAUCUUCCUUUAAGGGUAGCCAUAAAGUUUCCCCUUCAGUAAUUUAAAAGGUGUUCUGUAAAACAAUGCCAAAGGACUUUUAUUAUAGGUUACGAUGUGUUAAAAUACAAUUAAGGCUAUGUAUACACACACAUUCAUUUGAUUUAUUGCCUAUUGUAAAAAGGUAAAAUAUUCAGUGCAUGACUUUGCUAGGCGUUGUGUUUAAAAGCCUGUAAGUACAAUCUACAACGAAGUGAAAUAUCUCAUAUUUUUGGUGUUUACUGAAGUUGGACCCAAUCGUGUAUCAUUGAAAAAGACAGUCACUGGUGAAAAAGAAAACCGAGCUGAAGUCACAAUCGCUGCCCAUCACUUCUCGUCCAUUCUCAAGGCAAUU